UGAACUUCUGAGCAUUUCCUCAUCUGCCAAGCAGUAACAUAAUUCAUUCUCCCUUGCAGAACUGAGAGGAAUGAGUAAGAAACACAGUGCUAACAAUUACUGACAGAAGACACGGUAGGCUGGGGACCAGAGUUCUAAAGCAAAUUUUGCCUGGCAGGAACAAUUUCACACUAGGGAACCUGAGUUCCUGGACUCUGGGGCCAGGUUGGGAGGCGGGUGGGUGCAACAGAGCAGGGCAGGGGCAGGGCCAGGCACUGAAGCGAGGCCACAGCCCGGAGGGAGCCAGUUCCUGGUGGCUGUGAGGUGGCUCAGACAGCUCCCUGCCUCACCCGCCAUGGUCCUCCCUCUAGCCUGGCUCUCCCGAUGCUGCCGUCACCUCCUCCUGCCAUCCUGGGCCCCCACACUUCAGGGCUCCUGGAGGUGCUGUUCCCAGGGUCCCAGGAGGAGCACAGAAGAGACAAGCUCCACACACAGUGGGAAGAUGUCACCUUCCAGGGAGCCCCAGCCCCGCCCCACAGCUGAGCUGGCCCAGGCGGAGGAGCUGCUGGAGCAGCAGCUGGAGCUGUACCAGGCCCUGGUGGAAGGGCAAGAGGGGGCCUGGGAAGCCCAGGCCCUGGUGCUCAAGACACAGAAGCUAAAGGAACAGAUGCGGAGACACAGAGAGCCUGGGAGAAGUCGCCUAAGCUUUCCACCAGUGGCCCCUUCACCCUCCAGCCCUGAAAACUGCACGUCACCCUCCCCAGCCCUUGGAUCAGCAACAUCCCAGCCUCUCCCAGGCCCUAAGAAAACAGAAGAAACUGCCACAAAAGAGCCAGAAGUUGGAUAG